AGAAUCUCAGAAACACCUGUCAACAGAACCACCCCCUCCACAUCCAACACCAUGACCAGCUCCUGCUGCUCCCCUUGCUGCCAGCCUACCUGCUGCAGGACCACCUGCUGCAGGACCACCUGCUGGAGACCAAGCUGUGUGACCAGCUGCUGCCAGCCCUGCUGCCAGCCCAGCUGCUGUGGCUCCAGCUGCUGCCAGCCCUGCUGUCAAACCACCUGCUGCAGGACCUGCUUCCAACCAAGCUGUGUGACCAGCUGCUGCCGCACACCCUGCUGCCAGCCCUGCUGCUGUGUGUCCAGCUGCUGCCAGCCCUGCUGCCAGCCCAGCUGUUGUGAGUCCAGCUGCUGCCAGCCCAGCUGCUGCCAGCCCAGGUGCUGUGAGUCCAGCUGCUGCCAGCCCAGGUGCUGUAUCUCCAGCUGCUGCCAGCCCUGUUGCCAGCCCAGAUGCUGUGAGUCCAGCUGCUGCAAGCCCUGCUGCCAGCCCUUCUGCCUCAACCUGUGCUGCCAGCCAGCCUGCUCUGGCCCUGUGACCUGCACCAGGACUUGCUACCAGCCCACCUGUGUCCGUGUGCCUGGCUGCCUGUCCCAAGGCUGUGGCUCCAGCUGCUGUGAGCCCUGUGGCUGUUGAUCAACUAUGCACAGACUCACUGACAACAGACCUGCAAGAUAACCAUAAGACAUCUAAUUCACCGUCACUCCUUACUAGUAAUAUGCACUUAAAAGUAAUAUGCAUCUCAGAAAAUUCCCAGGCAUUUUCUUGUUAACAGAUUUGUAACUUGAUCCCUGAUUGCCAUCAAAUCCACUUUGAUAUCCUUUUUAUUCUUCUGACUGCUUCUAAGCAUCAUCUGAUCUUGGCCUGGGUUAGUGAUCUCCGCCUUGACAAAGAGAUAACUGCCUUUUUUACUUGAGAAGUUAAAAAUAAGAAAAGUCACUCAUAAUUGUCUAAUUAGAACCUCACAAUGGGAAAUAUCUGUGAUUUUAUACCAAUGUGUUUAUAUGGUUUUAUGAUUCAUCUUGUCU